UUCAAAGAUUAGCAGACAGUCAUUUACGCUUUUCGUUCUCCAAGGGAAAAAGCACGCGUUAUUCACCUGAUGGCACCAUUGCGAUACGCACUUCCUUGUAUCCUAGCAGCUAUAGCAGUUGUACAGGCUUCAGAAUUACGAGGCGUUGCGCCUGAACAAAAACCUCUCUAUACACCUCAUUCGGACGGCCACUGGGAAUGUCUCGACAGUUCGAAAAAGAUUCCUUACACAGCAAUCAAUGACGAUUAUUGCGACUGUCCUGAUGGUUCGGAUGAGCCAGGCACCUCGGCUUGUCCAAACAGUUUGUUCUACUGCAACAAUGAGGGUCAUAUUGCUGCUUAUAUCAAGUCGUAUGCUGUCAACGAUGGUGUAUGCGAUGAUGCUUGUUGUGAUGGUUCGGACGAGACAAGUGGUUUAAUUUCUUGUCCAAAUCGAUGCAAAGGUUUUGCUGCCGAAUAUGCUCGUGAACAGGCGGUACUACACAAGAUUCAUAGCGCAGGCAUCGCUGCUAAACGCAAGUUGAUUCAGCAAGGUCUUGAGACGGUCAGCGGCUGGCAAGAGGAAAAGUCAAAAUUAGAAGAUGCACUGGCCAUCAAACGCGCCGAGCUUAUCCGCCUCCAGCGUGAGGUCGAAGCAAUUGAAGCCGAUGUAAAGAGUCACUCGAGCAAAAAGAAACCAUCGUCGAAAAAGAUCAAAUGCCCACCUUGUAACUCUCUCACUCUUCGCGACCAUAUUGAGACGCUUGAAGACGAGAUCGAUACAUUGGUUACGAUUUUGAAAGACAUGAAGCGCGACCACAACCAUAACUUCCAUGACAUGGCUGUCAAAGCUGCUAUCGCUGGGUACAAUGAUUUCAUUGAAGGUUAUGACGAACUCAAGGCCGAUAUAGACAAGGAUUUGGCCAAGUACAGCAACGAUGAAGAUAGCGGUUUUGAUAUAGAGCAAUAUGACGAUAAUGGCGAAGAAGGUGGUGAUGUGGAGGAGGAUACACCAGAGGAAACGGCCGAAAAAGCUGGUAAAGUAUCCUUUAUUCAAACAUGGCUUCAAAAGCUAGCUGCUGUAAUCCCACCUGAUUGGAGAGGCCUGGUUCCAUUGGAAAAAGCCGAGAAUAAUGGCAGUGUUAAAAGCGGGGGCUCAGCUCUGGAAGCAGCCAAGAAAGCACACAGCGAUGUCAAUAGCGAGAUUCAAUCUACAGAAAAAAAACUCAAUGCAAUUAACGACGACCUCGGCAAAGAUUAUGGCAAACACUAUGAAUGGCUCAGGCUUAAGGAUGUGUGCACGGAAAAGAACGAGGGCGAAUAUACCUACUCAGUCUGUAUUUUUGGCGAUGCCUACCAAAAGUCCAACAAAGAUGGUGCUCGCGUGAAAUUGGGUCGCUUUGAAAAGUUCCUCGAUGAUGACCACAUGAAGCAAAUCUAUCCUCGGGGUACCAAGUGCUGGAAUGGACCAGAACGAAGCGUUCACGCUGCAUUCGAAUGUGGUGGCGAAACCGAAAUCCUUGAAGUGACCGAACCGGAGAAAUGUGAAUACCGAUACAGAAUGAAGACUCCCGCUGUAUGCCCUAUACCAGAAGAAGCAGCAAAAGAUAAGCCUGUGGUGACACCCGUCAAAGGACCUACUAAGCCAACCACGCGUGUUCACGAAGAAUUGUGAAAGGGGCUUUCAUAAAGAGUAAUAAUAAAUAAAACAAGAAAGAAUGAUAUACAU